AUGACCUUCAAUAACAGUACAAAGUGGCUAAAUUUAACAGAUGUGAACAUAUCAAAUAAUAAAAUUGAUGUGUUGCCGAGAAAAUUGGGUGCUUUGCAUUGUCUUCGACGGCUCAAUUUAUCACAUAAUUGUUUGAGACGAUUUGAAUGGGCAUGGCUAAAAAAAACACAUAUUAAGAGAACUUUACAUUUUCUAGAUAUAAGUAAUAAUUCGCUGAUCGAAUUAUCGGAAUAUAUCUGGAAUUUGAAUGCUUUAGUGGAAUUGAAAUUGAGUCACAACUUGUUGGGAUAUUUACCACAAGGCAUUGAAAAGCUUCGAAAUCUUAGGACUUUGGAUUUGUCGCAUAACUUUUUAAAAUAUCUACCAGCAGGGAUCACUAAUUUGAAAUUGCAAACUAUAGAUAUUUCAAUGAAUCCAUUAGUCAGUGACACAAAUUGGGAAUGUGACGUAAUGUUACCAAGCCUUGCUCAAUUUGCAGCAAAAACACUGCAGCAAUAUUGCAGAGAUAAACAUGUAAUUUUCCGAAGAGAUGAAUUGAAUGAAUAUAUUAGUAGAAAUAAAAUCGAUAAUUGCUUCCAUUGCGGAAAAAUGUGUACAUCUCCCUAUUUAUACCUAGCAUGGCCCAGGCAACCUAUAUUAACAAUAGCUACAAACGUAAUAAGCCAUACAUCAAAAAUGUCAAUGGUAUUUUAUGAAUUAUGCUGUUGUUUUCCUGAAUGUAAGGGGGAGCUACUGGGGUAA